AUAAUAAUUAAGUUGACCUGGACACUGGCAUCUGACCCUUUGUGGAGCUGUGUAUUAGAUGCACCAUGUGCUUGCUGUCUUUCAGAGGAAUGAGUACUUGUUUGCUGUGGUGAAGGAGGGUGCCAAUCAACUCCUGCUUGGCCUGCGUUUCUCUAAAGAGAAAGUCCAUCUCAUCUAUCAGGGCUCAAUGGGGAGGGAACGUCUCAGCUUUAAAAGAAUUCACCUGGCGGACAACCGCUGGCACAGCAUGGUGUUAGCCGUCAGUGGUCACCAUGCCACCCUCACUCUGGACUGUGGUGUCCCUCUGGAACUGGUCCAUAAACAGCCAUUUCCCUCUGAUCUCAGCACCGAUGGAUCCAGGUUCCACAUUGGAAGUCGAAGGAAGUGGAAAGGCCUGUUCUCUGGUUUACUGCGCCAGCUUGUCCUUUUGCCCGGAUCAGACGCGACGUCACGUGUUUGUCCCUCUUCCAAACCAUCACUGGCUGAGCUUUCUGUCCCUACAUUCCUGUCAAACUUGCCAGUGAAAUCCCAAAUGAAUGACGUCUUGCUCCCUCCAUACGAGACGGAGGUCCGUGUGACUCUGGGGUCUAAACCAGCAUGCACUGCGGCAGAACUGGGACAACUCUGGUUUGACACUCUUAAAAGAGGCCUUUUCCUAUGUGAUGGUGCAUACUGGCACUCUAUGUUGCAAGGUAGGAAACUAAAGAUCAUUUUAAAUGGUACAUUUGGGGCUACAGACUGGGAGAUGUUUCAGAUUGGAAACAGAGUCUUCCUAGCUGUUGCUAAUGGACACAUGCUGUGUGAGAGAGGACCAAGCCUCUAUACCAUCAACUCAACUAUAUAUGAACUUGAUAUGACAACCAAGAUGUUCCUCAAAUUCCAAGACAUUGUAACAUACAGUGCGGUGGACUGGGAAUUCUUUUCUGUUGGAGAUGAGCACUUCUUAGUCGUAGCCAACUCUUAUGAUGGAUCAUCUUACUCUUUGAACAGUGUUAUAUACAGGUAAUGAUUGAAAGCUCAAACUUAAACUUCAUUUAAAUACACAUGCUGCAGCACUUCAGAUGGGUAAACUGCAUUGCGGGUGGUUAGUGAACAA